AAUCAAUCAGCCACCACAGUGGCACUUUUUCUCCAGGGUUUAAGCCGUGGUUAGCGGCGUCAAAGAUCUCACACGUCGAUCAUGAUGGUCGUCCAUCACCUUCUUGUGGUAUUUUUCUUGAUAACUCUGAAUACAAGUACUACUGCCCAGAGGCUUCAACAUUCUUUACGAGCAAUCACACCGGUACAAGGAUAUAGCAGCAACACAGCGGUUCAUUUCAACCGAACGGCGUCUGGAAAUCCUUACAAUACAUUAGCGACAACUCUAGUGGUCGAUGGAAACAUAUUUCCGGAGUUAUUGUACAAACAACAACGCGUAGAGUACACCUUUGCCAUCCCCGUAUCAUUAGCUCCCGUUGAGCUCCUGACAGAUGGCCCUUCUAGUUCAUUGUGCUUCUGCACCUGGCAAGGUCACCCAAGCAUGCUGGGAUGCCGCAGGUCUUGGCGAUGUAGAGAUUGAGGCGUACCCGUACCAGACUUACGCAUACCAUGACAAGGGCACUACACCUGUCUUCGAGGGUACCUACCUCGUCUUCAACAAUGGCGACAAUCCAGUUAAUAUCGAAUACGGUAUGGCCUAUUUCGGCCUCAAUCCGGGGGCACCAUCAGAGCCUGGGGGGCUCGUGGUCAAGGAGGGAGAGGGCCUUACCCCAACCCGCCUGAAAGAGAUUGUUCAAGGUUUGCAAAGACCUAUCCUCAUUCCUAAAGCGACCGACAGCCUCGACAUUCCUGGGCAGCGGAAAAAGGAAAUUAGGCCGGUAGAGGAAAGAGCGUCUUCUGUCGAGCGCACCUCUAAGUCUUUGCGGGUAGCGGGAAGUAAGGCAGAAAGGGUAGAGGGAACGUGGACAAGAUACGCCCUCGCGAUGGGCAAUGAGGUCGCAAACAACGGCUACAACUGGUGGUCUAAUGCAGGUGCCACGUAUGAGGGCGGAAAUUUGGUUGCAUCAUUCCUUUCAGGGGACCUUUACAUCAAACUGAGGACAGCUUGUCCACAGACAACAGAAGAAGGGCUUCUGUUCGUCACGUCUGAUUGUUGGAAACAAGAUGAACUCAUUCAUAGUGUCUACGAAGAUCUGAGAAUCGACUUCUUCAACUUGCAUUUCGGACAUGUU